UCCUUUUUAUUAAUGAGUUUUGAAAAUACAUACACCAAAAUUUUUGUGAUGCAAGUCCACGAUCCAGGAUGCGAGUGAGCAUUAGCAAGGCUGUGGGCUUACCUACUCAAUUUUUUUAAUUCCAACUCUAUCCCUCUAUAAAGCUCUUUAUUUGGUAACCUAGACAAAAGUUAAAGCGUCAUUCCACCACAAAUUUUCAAAAGAAUCCACCACAACCACCAUGAGGAAGCUCUACAACCAUACCAAAGGUAAAAUCCACCCUUCACCACCGCCGCCGUCCGCCACGCCUGAGCACCACCUAUCCUUGCUCCCUUUGGCUAUCGCCACUCUCGCCGCCGCCCUUGCACCUGAAGAUCAAGAAGUCUUGGCGUAUCUCCUCUCAAGUUCUGCAAACACCACCAUCUUCUCAACCGGCGGCAAACCCACCAACAAGUCCGGUGGUGGAGCCAGCAGCGGCGGGGACCACCUUCCACAGUUUAACUGCAACUGCUUUAGAUGUUAUACCAGUUUCUGGGUUCGUUGGGAUGCUUCACCAAACCGGAAAGUGAUUCAUGAAAUCAUCGAUGCUUACGAAGAUGGUUUGAUUCAUAACAAGAAAAAUGGAAAGGGCAAGAAAGAAAGAAAAAACAACAAGAUUGCUUCAUCUUCUUCAUCUUCAUCUUCAUCUUCCUCUUGUCAUGUUUCUCACGCGCCGCUGACUGCUACAGAAAGCGUAAUCAACGCGCCGCCGCUGAGUGAGCAACGGAACAGCGACGAAGAAGAUGAAAUGGCUACUGGGUCAUCUGAAAAAGGGUCUGUGAGAAAGAUUGUAAGCUUCAUUGGAGAGAGGAUUUGGGGUGUUUGGGGUAUCUGAUCUUAGAUUUGAUAUUUGUUAUAAUUUUAAGAGUAACGAGUAAAAUGACCAAAGAGCAAAAGCUAUUUCCCAGUUUUGUAAAUUUUCCAGAAAUGGGCAUUUAAUUGGUCUGUUGGUUCUUCUCCAUGUAAAA